AUGACGGAUCCUUCCAAGUAUAAGCUUCAUCAUACGAUGAUUCGGGUAAAAGACCCGAAAAGAUCGCUGGAAUUCUACAGCUUCCUUGGCCUGACGCAAAUCAACCGGCUCGACUUCGAUGAUGCCAAGUUCUCGCUCUACUUUUUGGCGUACGAUGGCCCCAAAUCGCUUUCUGGCACGAAGCACUGGACCGACAGGAACGGCGUGCUCGAGCUGACUCACAACUACGGCACGGAAGACGACCCGAACUUCUCCGUCGCGAAUGGCAACACGGAGCCGCAUCGUGGCUUUGGCCACAUCGCCAUCUCGGUAGAUAAUAUCGAGCUGGCUUGCAAGCGGCUGGAGGACGCCGGGUAUCCGUUCCAAAAGAAGCUGACGGACGGCCGGAUGAGGCAUAUCGCUUUUGUCAAGGACCCGGAUGGCUACUGGGUUGAGCUCAUCCGCCGUGGGGACGUGGACGAGGCCGUGGCAGAGACCGACCCUCAGUCGUACCGUCUGAACCACACCAUGCUCCGGGUCAAGGACAAGGACGCCUCGCUCAAGUUCUACCAGGAGGUGAUGGGGAUGACGCUGCUGAGGACUUCUGAGGUGGCCGUGGCCGGGUUCAACCUCUACUUCUUGGGGUAUCCGGCGUCGAACCCGCCGAUGGAGAAGGAGGCCCGCAACCCGAUCGCCAACUGGGAGGGCCUGCUCGAGCUGACCUGGAACUAUGGGACCGAGAAGCAGGAGGGCAGGGUAUACCACGACGGCAACAGCGAGCCCCAGGGCUUCGGUCACAUCUGUAUGGUGGUGGACAACCUUGAUGCCGCGUGUGCCCGGUUUGAGGAGCUGGGGGUGACGUGGAAGAAGCGUCUGACGGACGGGAGGAUGCACAAUAUCGCCUUCCUGCUGGACCCAGAUGGCUACUGGGUGGAAAUCGUCCAAAACGAGACGUUGAAGGGGCAUGCGGAGUAG